UUUUAUAUUUGUACAGAUUUUUCAAUGGAGUUGAAUAUCACGAAUGAAUAUAUAUACCAUUACAUCGAAGAUUUAAACGCUUAUAUCAGACAAUACAACCACGUGAUAUUCGACGUCAAGGCAUGUAACGACGCCCAUGUCAUUCUAUCUGAACAACAUAGUGACGUAAACAAUUCCUAUGAGAUUGUGAUUGGUGGGUGGGGUAAUACCAAGUCUGUCAUUCGAACUUGCAAGCAGUGUCAACCACGAACCAGCUUUAUUGGUAACCCUUUAUCGUGUGAUUCAUUUAAAUCGUUCUGGAUCAGCUGGGAGAAUGGAGCAAUACGAGUAGGUAGAGGCCACAUUAUAGGACAUGGGGAAUUUAUGAAAUGGACUGAUCCUUCAUCUCAUCUGGUGAAUUAUGUCGGUAUAUCCACCUGGCCUGGGUCCUCUACAGAAUGGAAAAUCCCCACAGAUCCACUUCGUGGUCUCUUUUGGCUUGGUGGAACAGACCUCUAUCAUGAUGGUGAAUGGCAAUGGUUUCCGGAAGCAGAAUAUUUCGGCUACUCCAACUGGUUAUCAGGCUAUCCUGGAAAGUUCCGGCAACAUUGCUCUCUUAUUUCUGUCUAUGCGGGAUUCAAAUGGAUCACAGAUUCCUGCAUGGAAUCAAGGAACUUUGUAUGUGAAAUUGACAAACACAGGGAAACAGUAAGCUCUAUAUUGGGAUAAAUUUAAACUGCUGCUUUAAAGGCUUGUACAGGUAUACACUGAGUGGCAUCGAUUAUAUUUUUAAGAAAUUCAAAAAUCUCUAUGGAUAUUGUAAAAUAUAGGUAGUAACAUACCUAGUAGAACCCAUUUCAUAUGCUAUCCUUUAUAUUCAAAUACAAAACAAACAAGUACAGCUGCAAUACAAGAGUAACAUGUUAUACGUCAGAGAUCUACCAAGUUAUAAUUAAGAUCACGAAAUUAAAAUUGCUUUUUCUCAGAAAGAUAUGUAUUGAUUUGUUGAU